CUUCAUAACUUCGAAAGUCCAGUGAGGAGCUUGGUUGGCAGCAGUAUUUAGACCAGCUGCAGCAAGGUCAAUUGUUUUGAUUGAUUUCAAUUCACGUUAUUUUGCUUUCCAAUAUCUGCUCGACAACGAGGCGACUAGCGACUCGCGACUCGCAUGCCUAGAGUCGCCGGAUCGAGGCCUUGAUGUGGGAGUGCGCAGCACCAUACUGAACCCAGCAGCAUGCCCCCCAAGCAGAGGAAAAUCGCCCUGAUGGGCUACCGAUCGGUCGGCAAGUCGUCGCUGAGCAUCCAAUUCGUCGAAGGACAGUUUGUCGACUCGUACGACCCUACCAUCGAGAACACCUUCUCGAAGAUCGUCCGCGUGCGUGGCGAGGAGUACGAGGUCGGCCUCGUGGACACUGCUGGCCAGGACGAGUACUCGAUCUUUCCUACGCAAUACUCGCUCGACAUCCACGGCUACGUCCUCGUCUACUCCAUCAACUCGGUCAAGUCUUUUGAAAUUGUUCAGAUCAUAUACGACAAGCUGCUCGACAUGACCGGAAAGGUUAACGUUCCGAUCGUUUUGGUCGGAAACAAGACAGAUCUUCACAUGGAACGCGUGAUUUCGGCUGAAGAAGGCCGCCGGUUGGCCGACAGCUGGAAGGCCGCCUUCCUCGAGACGUCCGCCAAGCAAAACGAGGCCGUCGGUGACAUUUUCACGACCGUCCUUAACGAGAUCGAGCGUGCCAACGGCAACGUGCAGGAGAAGUCAGCAUGCGUCAUUUCUUAAUCUAACAUAUUAUAUAGAGGCACCUUUCUAUAUUUUUGGGAUAGGCUGAAAUUUAUUUCGAUAAUAAUCUAAAACUUAAGCAGUGUACAAAAGCGCCUGGAAGUGUGAGUUGGCCAACACAAGGUAAAUAAUGUAACAUUAAGUCUUAUUCCGUAUUGAUUUGUUAUUAAUAAAUCAUUGUUUAUCAUCUUGAUGGGCACAUUGUAUUGUA